GAAAAGAGCAUAGGGCAGAGGAAAAUUGAGAAGUUAUCAUUGUAUCCUUGUGACCUGUUAUUCUUUAACGUUGAUGUUUAUUACAACUGUUAUAUUUUGUAUGAUAUGUGAAUAUGUUGAGCAUGUUGUGUGCAUGAUAUCGUAUGGUGAUAUGGGCUAGUGGGAUCGCCUAUGGGUAUAGCUAUUUAGAAUGAGUAACGCAUCGACGCACGCUCAUGACAACACCCAGCAAGUGGGUGAUGAUCACAACGAUGCCGAGACGGAGGCAUCCAGCUUCGUGCCUCCGCAGAAUGCUGGGCAGCCCAAUGUGCCACUGAACGCGGGGGAAAACCAGAAUUUCGGGAAUCCGCCUGAGAAUGUCAUGCCUGCCUUCAUGACGCAGAUCCUACAACAGAUGGCCAACGCGCCGAUGUUCCAGCAGCCUCAGCCACCGCGGCGACACAUCACCUUCAAAACGCUGAAGGACAACGGAGCGGAGGAGUUCCUUGGGGAUAGAGUGGCUGAACCUCAAGUGGCUCUUGAUUGGAUUGAGCAGGUGGCUAGGGUGCUCAACGACCUGGAUGUACCGGUUGCGGAUCAUCCAAAGUUGGCAUCUCUGCUACUCCGCAAGGGAGCGUACGUGUGGUGGAAGCGCGUCGUUAGCGAGCCGCAGACGCCGAAGCCCUGGACAUGGGCAUAUUUCGACUGGGCUUUCAAGAAGGAGUAUAUCCCAGCUCGCUUCCGAGAGGAGAAGCGAAUUGAAGAGUUCAGGAAGAGAUUGCGCCCUGAUGUGCGACCUUAUGUUUCUACCGUGGUCACCACCGAUUUCUCAGCGGCUUAUGACCUGAUGGCUAAGGCGGAGAAAGCAGUGGACGACCUGAAGGCAAGCGUGGGUGCUGGAUGGACAGCUACUUGUCAACGACCCACUACCAGCGCGGCACCGAGCGGGAAGAGAUCCUUUGGCAGUACUAAGGGUACCCAGAACUUCAAGAAGACCAAGUCUGCGCCGGCUCAAUCACAGGCAGCGAGCAACCGAAGCAAACCUUCCAAGUACCCAGUGUGCAAUCAGUGUGGGAAAAACCACCCUGCGAGUCAGAGGCCAGCGCAGAGCCAGAGGUCUACCGCGGGCUCAAACCCGCCAAGAGGACAGAACCAGAACCAGAACCGCCAGCAGGGACAUGUGCCUGCACGCACCUACGCCAUGCAGGGACGUACCGAAGUGAACCGCGACGUCAUCUUGGGGCAUAGCAUGCGACUUCAUCAUCUGUACCGCAACUGUCCGUUGACGGCCCACAGACACCGGUUGUCCGCAAAUCUGAUCGAGUUACCGUACAAGGAAUUCGAUAUUAUCCUUGCUAUGGAUUGGUUGACUGAGCAUCAGGCGAUAAUUGACUGUGGUUUGCGCACCGUACGGCUGAAGACUGACGAUGGUGAUGUGGUAGAAGUCAAGGGAGAGUUGUUCCCUAAGCCUCCAGAAUUUAUGUCUUACAUGCAAGCGAAGCGGUUGAUUCGGAAGAAAUGUGAGGCAUUCUUGUGCCACGUUCGGGACACUAGGAAGGAGACCCCCGAACAGAAGGAUAUCCCUACAGUGUGUGACUUCCCCGAUGUGUUUCCCGACGAUCUCCCUGGCCUGCCACCGCCAAGGGAAGUGGAGUUUUCGAUUGAUCUGUCGACAUUGGAUAGUGAGAUCCGUACAGCUCAGACUACGGAUGACUUUUGUGUGAAGACUCGUGAGCUUGUCUCCAAGGGGGAGAGACAAGACUUCACCAUUGAUGCCAAUGGAGGGCUGCUCUUUAAGGAUCGCUUGGUGGUACCAAACGGUGAACAUGAUCAUGAGGUUCUGGACCUAUCAGACAAGGAUGAAGAAGUCAAUGAAGGAGAUAGAAUGAAGCCUACGGAGUUCAUUCCAUUCAGAAGUCUGCCUCUGAAGACUUCACAGAGGAAUCCGGAUUUAGACAAUGCUGAGCCCUCCGGAAAUCUUGGCCAGCCUUCCAAUAUUCCGGAUAUCUCAAACGGCGACAAUUCCGGAAAUGGCAACCCAGUGCAAACCUAUCCGGAAACACCAACAACCUCUGUUCUUCAACCAGAAGCUGAACUAGAUCAACCAGUCAAUCCCAAUCAACACAAUCUUCGUUGGUUAAGGGAUCAUCCUCCUCAACAGAUCAUUGGAGAUAUUCAAUCUGGUGUUCGCACAAGGAGUGCCCAACAGAAUCUAGAAGCUAUGCUUGCUUGGGACGAAAACGGAACUGGUGCAGGUCUGGUGUUCGCCGCGACAUACGGUAGGGAGGUACCAUUGACACGGUAUCUGGCUACCGCCAGCUUCCCCGGCUUCGUUCUUUUCUGGCGGUACCCACUUAGGGCAGGACCCAGAUUUAGAAUGAGUAACGCAUCGACGCACGCUCAAGACAACACCCAGCAAGUGGGUGAUGAUCACAACGAUGCCGAGACGGAGGCAUCCAGCUUCGUGCCUCCGCAGAAUGCUGGGCAGCCCAAUGUGCCACUGAACGCGGGGGAAAACCAGAAUUUCGGGAAUCCGCCUGAGAAUGUCAUGCCUGCCUUCAUGACGCAGUUCCUACAACAGAUGGCCAACGCGCCGAUGUUCCAGCAGCCUCAGCCACCGCGGCGACACAUCACCUUCAAAACGCUGAAGGACAACGGAGCGGAGGAGUUCCUUGGGGAUAGAGUGGCUGAACCUCAAGUGGCUCUUGAUUGGAUUGAGCAGGUGGCUAGGGUGCUCAACGACCUGGAUGUACCGGUUGCGGAUCAUCCAAAGUUGGCAUCUCAGCUACUCCGCAAGGGAGCGUACGAGUGGUGGAAGCGCGUCGACAGCGAGCCACAGACGCCGAAGCCCUGGACAUGGGCAUAUUUCGACUGGGCUUUCAAGAAGGAGUAUAUCCCAGCUCGCUUCCGAGAGGAGAAGCGAAUUGAAGAGUUCAGGAAGAGAUUGCGACCUUAUGUUUCUACCGUGGUCACCACCGAUUUCUCAGCGGCUUAUGACCUGAUGGCUAAGGCGGAGAAAGCAGUGGACGACCUGAAGGCAAGCGUGGGUGCUGGAUGGACAGCUACUUGUCAACGACCCACUACCAGCGCGGCACCGAGUGUGAAGAGAUCCUUUGGCGGUACUAAGGGUACCCAGAACUUCAAGAAGACCAAGUCUGCGCCGGCUCAAUCACAGGCAGCGAGCAACCGAAGCAAACCUUCCAAGUACCCAGUGUGCAAUCAGUGUGGGAAAAACCACCCUGGUGAAUGCUGGUUCGCGCAGGGCUUAUGCAUGGGAUGCGGAAAGGAGGGACACUUCCGCAAGGAUUGCCCAACUAACCCCGGGCGUGCCUUCCCUGUAACCGAGACGCAGACACCGACAGCGAGUCAGAGGCCAGCGCAGAGCCAGAGGUCUACCGCGGGCUCAAACCCGCCGAGAGGACAGAACCAGAACCAGAACCGCAAGCAGGGACAUGUGCCUGCACGCACCUACGCCAUGCAGGGACGUACCGAAGUGAACCGCGACGUCAUCUUGGGUAUGUUUUCACUAUUCGACACUCCUAUGCUUGCAAUAAUUGACCCAGGAUCUACGUUGUCUUACCUAUGUGUCCCUAUGCCUGAGAAAUUUGAUAUCCAUAGGGGUGAUCUAGAAUACCCUAUGGUAGUAUCUAAUCCGUUAGGGCAUAGCAUGCGACUUCAUCAUCUGUACCGCAACUGUCCGUUGACUGCCCACGGACACCGGUUGUCCGCAAAUCUGAUCGAGUUACCGUACAAGGAAUUCGAUAUUAUCCUUGGUAUGGAUUGGUUGACUGAGCGUCAGGCGAUAAUUGACUGUGGUUUUCGCACCGUACGGCUGAAGACUGACGAUGGUGAUGUGGUAGAAGUCAAGGGAGAGUUGUUCCCUAAGCCUCCAGAAUUUAUGUCUUACAUGCAAGCGAAGCGGUUGAUUCGGAAGAAAUGUGAGGCAUUCUUGUGCCACGUUCGGGACACUAGGAAGGAGACCCCCGAACAGAAGGAUAUCCCUACAGUGUGUGACUUCCCCGAUGUGUUUCCCGACGAUCUCCCUGGCCUGCCACCGCCAAGGAAAGUGGAGUUUUCGAUUGAUCUGUCGACAUUGGAUAGUGAGAUCCGUACAGCUCAGACUACGGAUGACUUUUGUGUGAAGACUCGUGAGCUUGUCUCCAAGGGGGAGAGACAAGACUUCACCAUUGAUGCCAAUGGAGGGCUGCUCUUUAAGGAUCGCUUGGUGGUACCAAACGGUGAAAAGAUUCACGAUGUGUUUCAUGUGUCUAUGCUGAGGAGAUAUCGAUCUGACCCGUCACACAUCCUACCUGGGGGAGCAGUCACCCUCGAUGAGGGUCUUACCUAUGAAGAAGAACCCGUACAGGUCUUGGCACGCGAAGUAAAGGAACUGAGGAACAAGACAGUUCCCUUGGUCAAGGUGCUUUGGCGGAACCACGCAGUGGAAGAAGCAACCUGGGAGACCGAGGAAUCCAUGAGAACUCAGUAUCCUCAACUCUUUAGUGACUAGUGACUCAGAAAAGUAUUUUUGAAUAUGUAAAAGAGAUUUUUAUGAAUUAAGCCUAGAGAGCCAAGAUUUGGAAUUUUGUGCCGGUCUUGAUCACAUUAAGACCGACUCAAUACAAUUCUAGUUCUUCGUUCUUGAUUCUGGGUUCUUGGUUCUUAAGUCAUCAUGCCAUGUUCCUUCGCCUUAGUUUUGCUCACUUUAGCUUCGAUAUGUCGCGGCGGUUUGGCAUUAUCAAAACCUGUCAUAAACGAACACAGUUUAG